CAGUGCAGCACACGUACUUCACAGUAGCUCAAGACCGCUGCCAGCCAGCAAGCAAACCAAGCCAAGCCAAGUCAAGCCAAGCAACGCCCGCAACACGUUCAUACACCAAACCUUAGUCACACUGUCGACAUGAGUAGUCAAGUGAUGCGCAUGUGCACCAGCACCCUGCGUGUACUUCCACGCGCGGGUGGCCUUGUUGCCCCUCGAGCCGCCUUUGCGCAGCCACACCUCGUUCACCAGAGGCCGGCGGGCUCGGGAUUUGCACGGUUCAUUUCCUUCAAGUCCUUCAUGGGCAGCAAUGACAAGCAAGAGGAGAGCAAGGCAGAUGACAACAAGUCCGAAACAACCCAAGCACAAGAACAACAGCAGCAAGCACAAGGCCAGGAGGGCGCUUCGGCUCAGGACGCCGCGAGUGAAGCUGACCCGCACGUUACAGAACUCGAGCAGCAGCUGAAAACUGCCCAGGAAGAAGCAAAGGACCUCAAGGAGAAGUACCUGCGUGCGCUUGCGGAGAUGGAGAAUGUGCGGGAGCGUGCACGCCACCAAGUCGAGGACGCCAAACACUACGGCAUCCAGAAGUUUGCAAAGGACAUGCUUGAGAUUGCAGAUGUUCUCCAGCUUGCCCUUGACAACGUGCCCCAGGAUGCCAAGGAGCACGGUGACGCUCAGGCGCUCAGAGACCUGAACGACGGCCUUCAGACGACGAACAAGCUGCUGCACAACAUCUUCGAGCGCCACCAGUUGCACUUGCUGAACCCCGUCGGCGAGAAGUUUGAUCCAAACCACCAUGAUGCGCUGUUUGAGGUUCCUCCGAGCGAUGAUGCGACGAGCGGCACGGUGGCUGUGGUGACCAAGGCUGGCUACUCGCUCAACGGCCGCACCAUCCGCCCAGCACAGGUUGGCGUGGUUGCAAAGAAGUAGGAAUAACAUCGCCAUUGACGUGACAUGUCGUGCGUGUCCACCACAGCUGUGACUGUGACGUGUGACAUCUCGAAGACCUGCUUUGCCUGUAUGACCCUGUGUCAUGCGCCUCGCAACGCCCAAGUAAAACGAAAGAAUGUGCAAA